GUGGUGUUCGUCGGUUCGCGAGUCGCGCAUCCGCAUCAGCUUUUUUUUCUUCAUCAAACUUAAUUAAUACUAAUUAAUUAAAUGUAUUCGCAAUAGCGUAACACCCGAUAUUAAUAGCCUGACAAAUAACGUACAGGCGCGCCGCAAUGAUUGGUUAAAUCUGCAACCCGCGGCAGUUGGCAAAACAACAGCGCAGCAGCAGCGACUGCGGCGACAGAGUGUUUGAAAGCAGUGGAGAGAGAAAAAGUCUCGCGAGUCUCAGUAAAAAAAAGAAGAAAAAACCGAAAACCGAAUUUAACAAGUUUUUAGGUUUCGUCGGUAGCUGAAAAAAAUUGCGUUAAAAGAAAGCGGAGCAAUUGAAAUUGUUAAAUAUGAGAUCAACACAAAAUUCAAGCAGUCAAUUUUGAAGUUGUAAUUGUAAUUGUGUGUGUGUUGUGUCUGCGUUUGAGUUGCUGCAUGUGAGUGUUGUGUGUGCGUGCGUGCAUUCGUGUGAGUGUGUGCGUUUUGUGCCUGCGUGUAAGUGAAAUAAAAAGCAAUUGUAAAUGAGUGCGCAAAGAAGUGUAGCGAGAAGUGGCGGCAGCGACAACGACAGCGCAGCCAAGCCCAAAACUUCAUUUCGUGAAUAAGUAAAUUAAACCAAAGUGCAAAUGACGACAGUGCCAAACACGUUGGCAAAUUAAAUACAAGUAAAACACACGAAAAACAUAAAUACGUAAGUGAACAAGCGGUCAGCAGUCAGCAAAGCAGUCCCAGGUGGUCAGCAAAUAACACCAACACACACUCACACACACGCACACACAUCACACCCGCACACAGGGAGCGGCAAAAAGCAGCGCAGCGCAGCAGCAGAAGGCGACAACGUCAACGUCAGCGUCGCGCAAUGACCGAGGAAUUGAAAGUGGUGCUGCGUCGCAGUCGCAGCGAGCAGCAUUCCGGUUUCGGGUUUUCGCUGCUCGGCACAACUGGACCGCCGCAUGUCAUCUACGACAUUGUCGAGAAUUCGCCGGCUGCCGAUUGUGGUGCGGUUGAAGCUGGCGACGUGAUACUGAAAGUCAACGGCAUCGAUGUGCAUCGCUAUACAACGAAGGAAGUGCUCAAAUGUCUGCGACUGUCGGAGAACUUAGUAACCUUGGAGCUGAAACGAGAUCCCAAGUUGAAGGCGCGCAUUAAAGAGCAGCUGGCGAACACGCAGAGUCCGCAUUACGUGGACAUUGAGUCUCCCAUCAAUAUCUACGAUUACAGCAGCAGCGCGAACGCAUCGCCGAAGCAUCAGCGGCAGCAGCAGUUGCACUCGAAGGGCGGCAACGCCACGCCCCCAAAUGCUGGUUCACCGGCGCUGCGUUACAAGUCAACGCCCACAACGCAUUUGCCAACGUUGCGCCAGCAAUCGCCAACAACAACCACAACAACGGGUAUUCAAUCAUUUGCCACCGCAUCGUCAACAACAACGCACACACACAGUCGCAACUCAUCCGCCAGCUCGACCAAGAUACAAAUGGUGGAAUCGACCACCAUUACAACAAGCAUAAGCAACAGCAACAUUGCCACAUCGCCAACGGCAGCAGCUGCAGGUGGUGACGCCACAUCGCCAACAUUUCGCCCGUCACGCAUUCCACAGGCUCUGAAGGCUGCGCCAAAACAGCAGUUGCCACAAUUGCAAUCGCCACAGCAUAAGCGUCCACGUCCAUCCCAAAUCCCAACAAAGGCGGCCAACGGCAACGGACUGCAGCCGCUGCAGCAUUCGAACAGUUACAGCGGCAGUCCGGCUGCCAAUCGGCAGCGUCAUACGGAUCGGGAGGCGGAUCGCGAGCCGGAGCCCAAUUCGGCGCCACCGCAGCCGGCAAAGGCGCCGAGGUUUGAGGCUUAUAUGAUGACGGGUGAUUUGAUAUUGAAUCUGUCGAAGACGCCGCAAUCCAGCAGCUUACUCACAACGCAGGCCAAGAAGGUGGACAGUUUGCGUGACUUUCCCAAGCGCAAUCUGGCCAAUGCACGCGCCAAUGGCGCCUUGGCUCCACGUGCCUCCGGCGAGUCAUCGCCCACUUCGUCCUCGUCGGUGGAUUCACCCACCAAUACGGCCAGUUCGGAUUCUGUUAAACGCGAUGCCAAGUUGCAGCGCUGUCAGCAGCAGCAGCAACAACAACAGCAGCAGCAGCGUGAUAGCAUCAACAAUAGUUACAAUCGACGCGAUUCGUUGACUAACGAUACGUUGCUAAUGUGCGAAGAAUUGGAACGCGAUGAGGAUGCCACGGUCGAGUAUGAUGACAAUAAACGGCAGCAGCAACGACAACAGCAGCAGCAACAACAGCGUUAUCGCCAGCAACAACAACAGCAGCAGCAGCAACAACAGCGCUAUGAAUACUACCAAAAUGAGGAUGAACUGGACGCAGAUCCGGAGGAGCGAGAGGAGGAUCAAACACACUAUGACAUCACCAACAUCGAGACGUAUCAGAGUGGAAUGGGACGCGGUGACGAGGAUGACAGCGAUCGACAGUGUCUAGUGGACGAUGAUGAUGACGACGACGAUGUGGACUACAACGAGGAGGACAACGAUGCUGGCGACGAGGAGUACUCGACCAAUUCGUUGGGUUCUGGUUCCGGCUCGGCCAAGCAACGAAUGCGUGCGCUCAAACAACGCAGCCUGGCGCGGCAACAGCAGCAGCAGCAAAGGAAUCGCGAUGCUGUUGAUUGUGCGGCUCGAGCAACGGCUGGUUACUCGGCGUCCACGUCGAAUUCCUCCGGCACGGUCAAGAGCGAGGCUGUGCUGGGUUUGGGUUUGCAGGACGAAACCUCGUUCUCAGUGCCAACGUCGCCCAUUUCGCUGUCGGCGCCUCUCAUUGAUAAGGAGACAGCCAGCUCGGUGCCCACCAGCCCAGAACCCAGUUCGUUGGCGCCCGAAUCGAGUAAUGCGCCAGCUGGCAGCGGAGCGGGUGGCGGAGCUGUUGUGGUGCGUCGCCACAACGGGCAUGUGGUGCGCAAGUGCGAUGCAGCUGGGUUUCGUACCAGCAAAUCAGAGGAUCAUCUGCAGCAGAUACAGCGCGAGGGCAUUGCGGCUGUGAUACCCAUCGAUAUCGAUGAGGAUGUGAAUAGCUCGCUGAAUACGCUGCUGGAUACUCGUCACGACUCGGAGGAUUCGCAGUCGACAACAACGUCUGCGUCGGCUGCAACGAUAGUGAACAACUCGCCACAGCUGAACAACAACGAGAACGAGACGAACAUCAACAAUAAUAAUAAUAAUAACGAGUCGCCGGAUGUAACAACAACAGCAACGAUAACGAUAGCAACUUCAGCAGAGACAACGGCAACAACUAGUCGAGGCGGCAGCAACAAACUAAACUAUAUUUUACGCAAAAAGGCAUCGAAUCGUGAUCGCAUCGUGUGGACCUACAAUGCACCACUGCAACCACAUCAAUUGGCGCAACUGCAGCAGCAACAGCAACUCCAGCAGCAGCAGCAGCAACAACAGCAGCAGCAGCAAUACUACGGUCAGCAAUCGCAUUCAAAUUCCCAUUCAAGUUCCAUUAGUUCAUCGCCACAAAAUUCGGCAGCCGGCAGUCCGGCGUCGCCCACAUCGGUCUCCUCAUCCGUAAUGUCCUCGUCGGGUUCACGUAGCGCACAACAACAACUGCAGCAACAGCAGCUGCAGCAGCAACAACAGCAGCAUCAGCAACAGCAGCAGUAUCCACAGCAGCAGCAACAGCAGCAGCGAGAUCAAUCAGCUGUUGCCAUGCCGGGUCUGUUGGGCUGCCCAAAUGGUGGUGGUGCUAAUGGUGCUAGUUGUAGUGGUGGUGGUGGUGGUUUUGGUGGCAACGAUCAGAGCGUCUCAGAGGCCAUUUCAAAUAUCUCUAGUCCCGACUAUCAAGACGACGAUAACUUAUUGAGUUCUCGCGAUAUUUUAGGCGGCAUGGUACUUAGCGAUCCCAGCGAUUCGGACUCCACCAUUCUUGUCUCGGAUGCGGCUGCCCAACAGCGCCAACAGCAGCAGCAGCUCAAGCAGCAGCUGCGGGCCCAGCAGCAGCAACGUGAGCGUGAUCGCGAACGUGAUCGCGACCGAGAGCGCGAGCAAUCCGAGCACAAGCUGGUCAUCCAAGUGCGUGGCCUGGACAAUAGCAAUACGAGCAGUGUAACACGAUCGGAGGAUGAGCUAACCGAUGAGCCGUUGACCACGAUUGCGGGACGCGAUGCGUCGCCGCCUGUUUCCGACGAUGGCAGCGAUGUGGAGUCGCUGCAUUCGUAUCAUUACUCGCCCAAGGCUGUGGACAUGCCAUCGGCCAUACGCCUGGCCAAAAGACUGUAUUCCCUCGAUGGUUUCAAGAAGAGCGAUGUGUCGCGGCAUCUCAGCAAAAACAACGACUUUAGCCGCGCUGUGGCUGACGAGUAUUUGAAGCAUUUUACUUUUGAAAAGAAAUCUCUGGAUCAAGCACUACGCGAAUUUCUGCAACAAUUCUCGCUGUCCGGCGAGACGCAGGAACGUGAACGUGUGCUUGUGCAUUUCUCGAAACGUUUCCUUGACUGCAAUCCGGGCACAUUCAACUCUCAGGAUGCGGUUCACACGCUCACCUGUGCCAUCAUGUUGCUGAACACGGAUCUGCAUGGCCAGAACAUGAAUCGCAAGAUGAGCUGUGCCGAGUUUGUUGAUAAUCUGGCCGAUCUCAAUGAUGGCGAAAACUUUCCCAAGGAUGUGCUCAAGUACUUGUACCAAGCCAUCAAAACGAAGCCACUCGAAUGGGCGCUUGACGAUGAGGCGGGAGAUGCGCAACAGCAGCGUGCGAAUAACAACAGUGCGCUGACUGGCGUCAGUCAAAAUCCUUUCCUGGAUGCACCGGAGUCUGCCACAGCUAUAGAGUACAAGAAGGGCUAUGUAAUGCGCAAGUGCUGCUACGACACGAGCUUUAAGAAGACUCCUUUUGGCAAACGCUCGUGGAAAAUGUUUUACAUUACGCUGCGCGAUCUGGUUUUGUAUCUGCACAAGGAUGAGCACGGCUUUCGCAAGAGUCAAAUGUCUGACAAUCUGCACAAUGCGAUACGCAUACAUCAUGCACUGGCCACCAUGGCCAACGACUACACCAAGAAACAACAUGUGUUCCGACUGCAAACAGCCGAUCAGGCCGAGUAUCUGUUCCAGACCAGCGACUCCAAGGAGCUGCACUCCUGGGUGGAGACCAUCAACUAUGUGUGCGCCGCAUUUUCAGCGCCGCCUCUCGAAGGUGGCGUAGGCAGCCAAAAGCGUUUCCAGCGUCCACUCUUGCCCAGCGCACAGACUAAGCUGCUAAUGAAAGAGCAGCUGGAGUCACAUGAGCUUCAGGUGGCGCAAUUGAAGCACGAGUUGAAGGAGCACCAAAAGGCGCCUGUGCCCAGCAAAGGAUUGCCGCUGCAGAACUUCAAGGAGAAGGAAAGCUAUUUGCAAUACGAGAUGCGUCGCUAUGAAUCCUAUGUGAGCAUUCUAACAGCCAAGCUGUUGGCAGAUCAACAGCCGUUGGAGUUGCAAUGCCAGCAGCAGCAGUCGACGGCACAGCCAACGCUCGAAGAGGACGCCGACACAUUCCCCGUGAGCACGGGCAGCACUACGCCCACAACGCCACAAAGUAUUCAACAGCAGCAGCAGCAGCAACAACAACAGCAACAGCAGUCGACCAACAGCAGAAAAGAGAAGAAAAAGAAAUAAUUACGCUUUUUCGUUUCGCUAUUGAUUUUUGAACAUUUCAAUCGACACACACUUCUCACACACACUGCGGCAAUUGCCCAUGUUCACACACCAUUAGCACACCAAUACAUCACUCACACACUCACAGGAAUGGAGCUGGGAAGAAACGGGGAUUAUAACGGGGGAAUGGGAAACGGGAGAGGGGGAUUAUAUGUAUGAAGGGGGGAGAGAGAGAUUCACUCACGCGUUGCGGCAGUGCCGUAAAAACAAAACAAAAAGAAAAGAAAAAACAGUCUGCCAAUAAUUCAGAAUUUAUGUACAUUUCUUAAGCUACAUAACAUUAUGAUUAUGACUAUAUUGUAAUUGAAGUUGUUAAGGGUAUUAGGGUCCUAAUUACAAAAUCGGUCGUUCAACAGAAGAACCUUGGCUAGAAGCUAAAAAUCUCAAUCAGAAAUUAAUUGCAAAUUGAAACGGACCUUGACCGUCUAUGUGUGCCCCAAAAUCGAAAAUAAGUCAAUCAUUUUGAUGUUUUACCAAAAUUUCAUUGACCCACAGUGCCGGGGAAACUCCAAUAAUAUUACAUAUAUAAUCCAUAUGUAUGUUUAUCGAAUAUCUGUAUCUGACUAUACAAUUUUUGAUAGUGGCAAAAUUUUGCUGAGAGCAAAAUCAAGUCGUUACCUUCACACUCAGUUCUGACGUACAAUAAUAAUAAUAAUAAUAUUAAUAAUCACUCUUAUGGUUUUACAUAUGCAUAUAUAUUUCAACAAAUAUAUAUCGAGGCUAUAUUCUCAUAAAUGAAGCCGAGAUCGCUCGUAAUUUAUAAAUCUAUUCAAUUUGUUUUGGCAACUGCCAGGAAUUCUGCUGAACGGCUUUUUGUGUUGUACCAGAAAAAAAAUGGGAUUCAAUUUAAAAAUACUUCUUAUUUAAAAUUAAAAAAGUACAUGCAUAAAGAAGAAAACAAAAAACACUUACAUCAUUACCUACGCUAUCAUUAUAAAUGAUAAAAAUAAAUUAUGAAACACUUUCUCUACGUAUAUACAAUAAAUAAUUAAUGAAUUGAACAACACAGCGAAUUAGUAUGUCGAAAUCGGUAUAUGAUUUGCUCUAUUGGCCUUUUUGCGAUAUAAGUAACAUUAAAACACUUUCUCCAAUAUAUGUAUUUAUUUAAAAAAAAAAAAACAAACACCAAU